AUGGUGAAAAAUCUCAAAAGAUAUCGGAAAGGCAUUGAGAAAGAGGAGGGUCGCGAGGAGGUGUCAAAGUGCGACUUCUUCCCCUGUACGUUCAGUCUCCCCAGUGAAUACCACCUUUUUGUGGAGAAGUUCAAAAGAAGCCCGGGCAGCACCUGGAUCAUGAAACCGGUUGCAAAAUCACAAGGCAAAGGUAUUUUCCUAUUUAAGAAAUUAAAAGACAUAAUGGACUGGAAAAAGGAUGGCUCACGCUCAGAGGAGCAGAAGGAUGCAGCUCAAGUAGAAAGUUAUGUUGCUCAGCAGUAUAUAGAGAACCCAUAUCUCAUUAAUGAUAUGCACCUGACCAACGUAGCUGUUCAGAAAACAGCUCCAGACUAUGACCCUGAGAAAGGAUGCAAGUGGCAGGUGCAGCAGCUCCGCAGAUAUCUGACAGCCAAACACGGCAGAGAAAAGAUUCAGAGUCUUUUCACAGACAUAGACAACAUCUUUGUCCGCAGCCUACAGAGUGUACAAAAAGUGAUCAUUAAUGAUAAGCAUUGCUUUGAGCUCUAUGGCUACGACAUCCUGUUGGACGAAAACCUCAAGCCCUGGCUCAUCGAAGUGAAUGCUUCUCCAUCACUCGCUGCCACCAGCAAAGAGGAUUAUGAGCUCAAGUGUCGUCUACUGGAAGAUACAUUAAAUGUUGUGGAUAUGGAAGGAAGGCUCUCUGGCAAAGAAAAAAGAGUGGGGGGUUAUGAUCUUAUGUGGAAUGAUGGCCCCGUUUACAGAGAGGAUCUCAACCUGGAGAACUACACCAGUCCAUUCUUGACGGCCAACACACAUUUGGUGUCCAGCCUGUCAGACACACAGAGCAGUCAGCUGGACGUGUGA